GGCAGGAGGCUGUGGGCGCGCGUGCGGAGCGGCUGCGCGGCCGGGAAGAUGCGCUCGGAGGGGCGGCCGCCGCAGUGAGCCGCGGCGACGGGAGCCGGGCCCGCAGCCCGGGGGCAGGGCCUGAGCGCCCGGCCGCUCGCGCUCUUCCGCGGCCCAGGCCGCCGGGACCGACCCGAGAGGCGCGCCCGGCCGGCCCCAGGAUGUAGGCGAUCGCGGGGCGCUCCUGCAGGCGGACGGCUCAUCAUGAAGAAGCACUCGGCCCGGGUGGCCCCGCUCAGCGCCUGCAACAGUCCGGUCCUUACCCUCACCAAAGUGGAAGGGGAGGAGCGCCCCCGGGACUCCCCGGGCCCGGCGGAGGCCCAGGCGCCGGCUGGGGCAGAGGCCGGCGGGAGGACGAGCCACCCCUGCUGGAGAUGCUCCCGGGCGCAGCUCAAGAAGAUGUUCUGGGGUGUGGCGGUGGUGCUGUGCGUGUGCUCCUCCUGGGCAGGCUCCACGCAGCUCGCCAAGCUGACCUUCAGGAAGUUCGAUGCUCCCUUCACCCUGACAUGGUUUGCCACCAACUGGAACGUUUUAUUCUUCCCGUUGUACUACGUGGGGCACAUCUGCAAGUCCACAGAGAAGCAGUCUGUGAAGCAGAGAUACAGGGAAUGCUGUCGAUUUUUUGGAGACAAUGGCUUGACUUUGAAGGUGUUUUUUACCAAGGCAGCACCCUUUGGUGUUCUUUGGACACUCACAAACUACCUGUACUUACAUGCAAUAAAGAAAGUGAACACUACGGAUGUCUCCGUGUUGUUCUGCUGCAACAAAGCUUUUGUGUUCUUGCUCUCAUGGAUCGUUCUCAGGGACAGGUUCAUGGGAGUGAGGAUUGUGGCUGCCAUCCUCGCCAUUGCUGGGAUCGUGAUGAUGACCUAUGCAGAUGGCUUCCACAGCCACUCUGUCAUUGGCAUAGCACUGGUGGUGGGCUCUGCAUCCAUGUCUGCCCUCUACAAGGUUCUGUUCAAGCUCCUCCUAGGCAGUGCUAAGUUCGGAGAAGCCGCCUUAUUCUUGUCCAUUCUGGGUGUGUUUAACAUCCUCUUCAUCACCUGUAUUCCCGUCAUCCUCUACUUUACCAAAGUGGAAUACUGGAGCUCUUUCGAUGACAUUCCAUGGGGAAAUCUUUGUGGGUUUUCAGUCCUCUUAUUGACAUUCAAUAUUGUAUUAAAUUUUGGAAUUGCUGUUACGUAUCCCACUCUGAUGUCUGUUGGAAUUGUUUUCAGUGUCCCUGUGAAUGCAGUGGUGGAUCACUACACCAGUAAGAUCGUCUUCAACGGGGUCCGGGUCAUCGCCAUCAUCAUCAUCGGCCUGGGCUUCCUCCUCCUGCUCUUGCCGGAGGAGUGGGAUGUCUGGUUGAUCAAGCUGCUCACCCGCCUCAAGGUGAGGAAGAAGGAGGAGCCCGCGGAGGGCGGCGCAGACCCGGGCUCGGGGGCUCAGAGCAAAGCCAGAAGAGCGCGCCCCUCCUUCGCCCGCUGACCUGGGCUGCUGCAGAGCCCCGCGGCGCCCGCUCCCGCGUGUUAGGGACCUGGAGGUCUGGCCCUGACAGGGGACCCUCAGUUUGGAACGGUGUGUACAUACCUGUACAGUUCCGGUAAUCUGCGGUAAGUUAUACGGUAUUUAUUGGCAUGUCCAAUUUGCUUGCACUUUUUCCACAUCAGACCUUUCACCUAAGGGUACCAAUCCAAAAGGAAAGGGAAAAGAGGAGCCUCUGGGCCCUUUUGAAAUGAAUGUAAAGCCGGUUAAAAUGAUCCUUGCGUAGAUUGUUCGGGAUGACAAGAGGCGGGCCAAGAGGUUUGAAACUUAGCAACUGCAAAUUACAUUGCACACUGUGAUUAUUUUUCAGCUAUGGUAGGUCCUAUUUUGUUUUAUACCAGAGCUGUACUCUUAAUUUUAAGGGAUUUCAAAGAACCAAAAGAUAACUGUAAAUUAAUCUGGGUGGAUGGAGGGAUGGAGGGAUGGAGGCAAAGAGGUGAAGUAGGAAAGCAAAGAGGACUUCAGAGCCCACCGACCGUGGCUAACCUGGGGUGGCAGGUGGAGGAGGGCAGGCCCGGCCAGGUUACAGAAAGGGAAGGAGGAGCCCGAGCCCCCCGCUGGCCUGCUCUUCCGUGUGUGUAAGAUCGUGCAAGAGAAAUUACAGUGCCUUCUACAGAAUUUUUGUCCUUACCUACGUGAAGCGAGGUGACAUUAUAAGUCACUGGCGCCGUCUUAUCAUUUCGAUGUACAAAUCUUUAGAAACAAAACUAUAUAUGUGUGUGUAUGUGUACAAAAACGACAAGCUGAUGACCAGUGUAACAGAACACGGUGAGCAGUGUGCAAUGCACAUACAAGGUAGACUAGGCAGGACGUGAAUUGCUGGUUGCUUUUACUCCAUGACCACGAUCGAAAAAUUAUCUACUGAAUCUGUACACCUUUUUAUGAAACUUUUAAAGCACCAGGCUGUUUACUUAUACAAUUUAGAUCUGCCAGAAAAUUCUAUCUGUGAUAGAUCUGUCAAGAGGGACACAGGGGGUUAGAGUUUACUAUUUUUGAAGUUUACAUUGUUACAUACGAAAUGGAAACCUUAUUUUGAAAUGUUGUCAUAACCCAAUGGUGCACUCUGUAACCAUGGAGUCUUUCGUUUCGUAGGGGGAAGGGGCAUUCCUGACCUGAACUUUUUAGCAAAUUAUUAUUCUCAGUUUCCAUUACCUGUUUGGCCAAACAGAUUAAUAAACUAUUUAAAAAAGAAGCAUUUCGAGCUGUGUUGGUGGCCACUUUGCUGCAGCCUUGCUGUGCCGCUUUGACCCUCGCCUUACACUUUGCUCCCAGCAGGUCCCACCCUCCUGCACCUUCGUCCAGGCACGACAACCCACCCAGCCACCCUAGGGGAAGAAAUUCAUAUCGUAACAGCAGUGGUGACUGUCCCAAAAGCAAAAUGCAAAAACGGUCAGCUGGGCCUCAUAAAAAAGUCUUGAGCGGCAUUUCCCUCUACUGUCUUCUCAUUGUCUCCCUGUCCCUCCCCCUAGGGGCUUGCCUCACCCCCAACCCCUGCCACCCCACUUGGCUCUGGGUGUUGCUGCUGUGUCUCAUUCUUCCGCACAGACUGGUUCCUCAGCUCUGCUGGCGUUGGGGCCCUCAGAGCUGCCUCCAAGUGGCAGCCUCAGUCCCGGCGUUGACAUGGUCCUCCCGCUCCACCCCGUGCCUCCCUUCCACCUGAGCAUCCCAGCCUAGUUCUAGCGCUGUAGAGAAUUUGGGUAGCAGCCCCAGUAGCAUGUACAUUUCUGUUCCAGGCAGCUGCAGCCAGAGGCUGGGAGGCCCAAUGUUUCUCAUCCUGCAGCUGCAAACAGCAGCGUUCUCUAAGUGGGACGGGGCUGAGCAGAGAAAGGACGGCGAGCCUCUUUUAGGACAUCUCAUCCUUCCAGCCACACCUCUAGCGACCAAACACCAGGCAUCCCUUGCUACAUGGGGUCAGAACUGGUGAGCUGAGCUGUCCAGAGCAGAGAGCUCCCUGCCUGGUGUGUCCAAUGUGUGCUGUGAGGGGGAUCCUCCCCCAUCCCCUUAGUGGAGCCUGGAUGAGUCACCUCCAUGACUCUGUCUGGGUUCUAGACCCCUCCAGUUACCUUGGGUGGGCAAACAAACAUCCCCUACGUAAGCCACGACAUGAAAAAGUUGGGAAACUGUAUGCCCGAGUAGGUGUACCUCAUUCUCCUGUUUGGCAUAAAAGACAUAAAGGCGUAAAAGAAUUGGAAACAGAGCUUCAAAGGCAUAUUUGUACACUCUGAUCAUAGCAGCCUACUCACAGCAGCCAAUAGGUGGGGCAACCAAGUGUCCAUCAGCAGCUGAAUAACCAAAUGUACACAUAAUGGAAUGGUAUUCAGCCUUUAAAAGGGGGGGGGAUUUCUGACCCCAUGCUACAACAUGGAUGAAUUUUGAAGACAUAAUACUGAAUGAAAUAAGUCACAAAAGGCCAAAUCUAUGAUUCCACUUAUAUGAGACACCCAGAAUAGUCAAAUUCAUAGACAUGGAAAGUAGAAUGGUGGUUACUAGGGGCUGGAAGUGAAGAGUUAUCAUUCAGUGGGGACACGGUUUUAAUUUCAUAAAGAUUAAGUCCUGGAGGUGGACUGUGGUGAUGGUUGCCCAACAAUGUGAAUGUACUUAAUGCCAUUGAACUGUAUGCUUAAAAAUGCUUACAUGGUAAAUUUUAUGUAUAUUUUAUCAUGAUAAAAAAUACUUGGAAGGUAAGGAAUGUGAAAUAAAAUGGUUAAAAUUCUCAGAAUUGGUUAAUGUUCCUUUCAGGAAUCAGGUAGGGGAGAUUUGAGAGAUUUCUUUCCAGAAAGGAUACAAACCACAACCUCCCACCCCCACCCCAGGCAGGUUUCGAGGACUGGGAUGAGCUGUGGCCAAGUGGAAAGUGAUCUCUGGAGAGAAAGAUCCCAGAAAAGAGUCCCUCCCAGUGGAACCAUGGGGUGACUUGGGGAAACAGCCUCCAUCCCCGCUCUGUCUGGGGAAUCGUCUGCCCUCUAGAGGCCAGUCUGGAUAGCAAUGAAAGAAUUCUGUUUUUACUCCUUUGAGGAGUCCAAAUGAAGACAAAAGUACAAAGAGGAUAAGUGGCCUCUGCUGCUGACCAAGGUGCCAAAGACUCUCGGAGCCUCCACUCCUACCUUCUUUGUCAAAAUAUGGUCAUUUGGAGCCAGAGGACGCGAAAUGACCAGCUGCCUUGCCACAACCAGUCAGAGCUGGCUCUAAGGACUCAUACCUGCUCACAUCUGCUGUGCAGAUGCUCAGGAUAGAGACUCAGGAGAGAAGAAAUUGUUGCCAGAGACAUACCACCCUGUAGAACAGGUGUGUUUCCAAAUCUAGCCAAGGAUGCA